AUGUCGCUACUAUCGCUAAGCUCAAUAACGCCCUCCGUGUCCGAGCUGCGCGACUCGGACUUAUCGGACGGGUUCACCAUUGUCCUCCCGAAGUCUAUCACGCCAUCCACGACGAGGAUAUCGGCGCAGAUUAGUGCGCAUUUGGAUAAGGCGAAGCAGAGGUUCAACGAGGGAGGGUUUAAGAUUGGGUGGGAUGACCUGGAACCUAAGAGUAGGAGCGGUGGAAGGAAGGCCGAGAAGGAAAGGGAGGAGAGUCGGAGGAGCAGGAGCGGCGAAAGGCAAAAGAGCAAAAGCAGGAGCAGAAGUAGAGAGCAUACGAAAAAGAAACGCCGUAGCUCGUCGCAAGAUACACUCUCAUCACUCUCGGACGGGCCCGAACUCGACCUGUCGUCUUAUACCCGCAACCUGAACUUGAAGCGUCAACUCAAGACCUCUAAACCACGAGCGCGGUCGCCGCCUCGGGUACGGCCGGAGUAUAGGACUCGGACGUCCAAGCCUGUCAUACCACCACGGUCACGAGAGCGGAGGAGUAGGAGCAGCAGUGUGACGAGUAGCAGUGAGGAGGAUGAGAGGGCGGAGAGCACGAGUGAGAGUGAAGCCGAGUUGGAGAGAGUGGCGCGGCAACUUAGGGCCACGACACCCAGAGCGGAUAGUACACUAUUCAUAGAGCAUGGCCGAACCGACGUCCUGCCAGCGCUCCCACUGGACCCACACUCGGCCUUCCUAGCUGCCUACCGCCUGACCCACCUGACCGCACCCUCCCCACCAAACGCCUCAAGCCCACACUCGCCCUCUUCGCCCUCAUUCUCGCCCUUCAACCCUAACCCGACCAAACCACACGAACUGCCGUCCAACCUCCCGUUGCACCUCCUCCCAACGUUUACACCCUCCGAAAAACGCGCCCGUCGCCUCGCUCUAUUGCUCGACUCCUCAGACCGCGCAAUCCGCGACUGGGCAAUGGAAGAAUACAUCAAGCUCUCGUCCUCCGGCCGUACACUCGUAGCGGAAGGCGUAUUCGCCCUACCCUCCUCCCGGCCCUCCUCGCCCUCCUUGACUACAACCCUAGGAGACGAGCCGGAGAUGUCCGACUUUGAAGACGCGAGUGUCAGCGAGGCGGGGUUCGGGAUGAAGAGGAGGAAAAGGGCGGAUACGUUUCAAAAGGCUGAGGAUGAGGAGAGGGGGAGGAAGUUGGAGGCGCUGGCUGCUAGGUUGGAGAGCACGAGGGAGAUGGCGGAGGAACGCGAAGAACUGGAGAGGGAGAGGGCGUGGGCGCAGGAAACGUUUGGGCGGUGGGUGAAGGAUGGGAGGGCCGACACGGUGUUUCGCCAGGCCGCGAGUAUUUUGGAUGAGAUGUUGAGGCAUAUGGCCAAGGAAGACGGUGAAGAGUGGGCUAUGGUACCUGUCGCAGCGCAGAUGGAGCACGAUGAUGGGAAUGGGAGAGGGAAGGACGAAGAGAGCAUACGCCCGAGCGAGAGCGCCAGCGUGGCCGACUAUGGCGGACACGAGAGGACCGGCCAGCCGACGCCCACACCGGUCGAGGGUACCGUGACAGAGUCGUCGGGCAUGGAGACGCAAGUCACGAUGAAGCGCGCGCCGGUGGUCGAGCCUGUCGCAGCUGCACCCGUCGUUGCAGCCGCACCGACACCCAAACUCGAACCAGCCAAACCGGCGCGUCCUGCCGCGCCGAUCACGACCAAACCUGAGGUAUCCAAACCGGCGCUCCCUGCGACAGUCUCCAAGAUACCGAAGCUCGCAGCUCCCGACAAACGUGAUGUAGCGCCCGAGCCCAAACGUCAAGAUUCCAGCAAACGCGAUGAGAAGGUAGAGACGCGUGAAAAGGAGAAGGAGAAGGCUAUUGCGCCUGACUUGAAGCGUUCAAGUAGCAAACGCGAUGAGCCUGGCAAACGCGACGAGACCGGUAAACGCGAAGAGACCAAGCGCCCAAACGGCCCCGCGCCCGAGCUCAAGCGCGCAGACAGCUCUUCCCGCCCACAGAUCAAACGCGCCGACUCAAACUCUAAAUCCAAGCCGCCGGCUGCACCUCCCGCACCCGCGCCCAUCCCGAAGUCCACGCCUCUCCCGCCCAAAACACCUCUCAAACCUCACCCGCCGCCCCAAUCAACAGCCCAAACGACCUCCCAAGAAUCCCAAGAAUCCGGCACAUCCACCAUCGCCGCUCCUCCAAAGCCCAAUUUCGUGCCCACGACCUCAUCACCGGCUGUUCCCACUCGCGCUGAACCGCAGUUCGAGUCUUAUGCGGACUUUUAUGAGAGGGAUCCGAGGCGGGCGAGGGAUGAUAGGCCUAUACGUCCUCAUCCGGCUUAUGCGGGGCAGUUCAAUGGGCCAAAGCCGACGCCUGAGGAGGUUUAUGGGAGCUAUGCGGAUUUUUAUAAGGGGAGGAGUGUGGCUGGGAGCACGGUCUCGCGGAGGUCGAGGAGAUCAGACAAGGGGAAGGACGGGAAGCGGAAGGAUAAGGAGCGCGAGAGUAGAGAUAAAGACAAGGAGAAGGAGAGGCGGCGUCGAGAACGCGAGCCAGACGCGGAGACGCUCCCGCAUAGUAUCCUCAUCCGCACUCAACCGCCCUCCCUCCCCCGUCGUUCAUCAAAAUCGAAGAAGCCGCUUUCGCCUUCGCCCGAACAUGAUCCGCUUGAGGAUAUAGCGGUGUCGUCGAGAAUCAGUCUCGAGACGGGGAGGUUGACGACGCCUGGGCAGAGUGAAGUUGCUUCUCCCAUCGAAGGUGGCGGGGCUGCGGGUGCGGGAGGGACUGGGAGGAGAAGACGAGGGAGAAGGGACUCAGACGGGUUGACUACACCUCCGCAAUCGCGCGGCCCGUCACCACCACCUCGACAACCCAGCCCUCCCCCUCCACCACCCAAAGCCAGCAACAAGAACGCGACCACGAAAGGCGGUAAGAAGUCCGGUAAAGCCCAACGUCUACGCGGCGGUGCCCCGUCGCCCUCUCCACCUCCCAUACGUCAGUUUGGUGCUAUUGUGCCCCAACCACCACCGAGCGAAGCGACCGAAGGACCGCUCAUACCGCUCGAGAGCGACGCUGGUACAACGACACAAGACGCCGCGGGCGAAGCCGCAUUCGGCGUUCUCGAUCCUCUCCCGCCGAUCCAGUUCUGGAUCCCUCCUCUAUCCUCCACCCACAACCCCAACCAGCUCUCUUUCUCAUCCGACUCCGAAACGGACGAAGACUUCCCCACCCCCCGCCCGGUCCCUCCGACUGUAUUUUUGGCUUUGGGCGCACGGAGGGCGUGCGUGCCGUAUACGCCGGCGUUCACGGGGCUGGAUACGAGGGUUGUGAGGCCGGUCAGUGCGAGGGAACGGUUGGCUAUUCGGGAUGCGGGGGCUGUGCUUGUUAGGCUUGGGGCUAGGGUUAAGGAGAGUGGGGAGGGGGAGGUCGGGAUGUGGAGUUUGAGUUGGGUUGGUGGGGUCUAG